CUCGUCAAGUCGGCUCCUUUAUUGCUACAGUGAAAAGUUUCGAGCUUUAGAAACAAUGGCAGCUUUCCCCAACCUCAACUCUGCUUCUGGAUUGAAGAAGCUCGAUGAGCAUCUUCUCACUCGCAGUUACAUCACUGGGUACCAAGCUUCAAAGGAUGAUAUCACUGUCUUUACAGCUCUUUCAAAGCCCCCAACUUCAGAGUAUGUCAAUGUUUCUCGUUGGUUCAACCACAUCGAUGCCCUCUUGAGGAUCUCUGGUGUCUCUGCUGAAGGAAGUGGUGUCAUUGUUGAAGGAUCAUCACCUAUCACAGAAGAGGCUGUUGCUACCCCCCCUGCUGCUGAUUCUAAGGAUACUGCCGCUGAUGAAGAAGAUGAUGAUGAUGUUGACCUUUUCGGGGAGGAGACUGAAGAGGAAAAGAAGGCUGCUGAAGAGAGAGCAGCUUCUGUGAAGGCAUCUACAAAGAAGAAGGAAUCCGGAAAGUCAUCAGUUUUGAUCGAUAUCAAGCCGUGGGAUGAUGAGACCGACAUGAAGAAGCUAGAGGAAUGUGUAAGAUCCAUUCAGAUGGAAGGAUUGUUUUGGGGAGCAUCAAAGCUUGUACCAGUUGGUUACGGUAUCAAGAAAUUGCAGAUCAUAGUUGCGACAUUGUUGCCUUCAACAAGAUAUGAGGAUGGAGAAAAGCUUGAACGAAGGACUGUUUAUAGUAUAAAACGAGAGGAAUGGAGAGGACUUUAUUUGAGAAAAGUCUUGAUGGAGAUAUUGGUGAAAAUGUCAAGCUUUGUGGUCUUCUUGUUAGUUUCUGGUGCUGUGUUGUUGCUGUUGAGUUCAAGCUCUGUUCACGGACUGCGAUAUAGACACGUGAGGAGAGUCUUUAAUAGUACUGAUCACUCUUCCGUUUUGGGUUCCAACAAAAUGUUUGAAAGUGGAUAUAACAAAGCACGAAGAGUGCAAGAAGGUAAUGUAAAAGAAGGAGACUGUGGAGGUUGUAGAGGUGGAGAAGGAAGCUGUGGAGGUUGUAAUGGAUCAGGAGGAAGUCGGGGAGAUGGCGGAAGAGGAGGAGGCCGCGGAAGAGGAAAUGGCAAAGGAGAUGGGAAAGGACAAGGUGACGACGGUGGAAAAGAAGAUUGCAAUGAUAGGAGCAAUGGUGAUGGUGUUGGUGUUGGUGUUGGUAUUGGUAUAGGUAUAGGAGGUGAACCUAGCCCUGGAUCUGGAGGUGGUGGAGGUGGCGGUGGCGGCGGUGGUGGUGGUGGUGGAGGAGGAGGAGGCGGUGGGGGAGGUGGAGGAGAUGGAUAUGGAUAUGGACGUGGAUGGGGCGGAGGAAAUGAAGGAGGAGGUGGAGGAGGAUGGGGAUGGGGAGGAGAUAGCAACGGAGGAGUAUGGGGUCCUGGAAACGGUGGUGGUUGUUGGUUUCCCGGUUGUGAUAAAAAGUCAACGAAAGGUCAACACUAAUCAACAUAUUUAUAGACCACACUCUACAUUUAUUUACUUCUACAUGUUUGUUUUCAAUAUGGAUUCUUUCUCUACUUAUGGAGUUGCUUAUAAUUGGAUAUAUUCAGUUAAAACAUAAUGAAUGGUAAUAAUACUU